AUGCUAUUUUCUCGAUUUUCUAGAAACCUCAGAGGCGCCUUCAAUGGAUGUCGCUGCUAUCUCUCUAUUCGAGAGCACAACCACCGCUUUCUUCUCUCUCACUCGCGUACAGACUCUACUCAACAGGUUGUGAGAAGUUUAUUUUUUUCAAAGGGCAUACCAGCGUUAUAUAGUAGUAGAUAUCAAAUUCAUCAUCAAAGCAGUUCCCUAAUUGAGGAUGAACUUGAUCCAUUUUCACUGGUAGCUGAUGAACUAUCACAUAUUGGUAACAAGCUGCGAGAAAUGGUAGUAGCUGAGGUUCCUAAGCUUGCCUCCGCUGCUGAGUACUUCUUCAAAAUGGGUGUGGAAGGGAAAAGAUUUCGUCCCACAGUUUUGUUGUUAAUGUCAACGGCACUAAAUCUACCAAUUCCCCAAGUACCUCCUCCAAUGGAACUUGGAGGUGCUACGAGAAAUGAUCUACGGUCAAGACAACAGCGCAUAGCUGAAAUAACAGAGAUGAUCCAUGUGGCAAGCCUUCUUCAUGAUGAUGUAUUGGAUGAUGCAGAUACCAGACGUGGUAUUGGUUCAUUAAAUUUUGUAAUGGGAAAUAAGUUGGCAGUAUUGGCUGGAGAUUUUUUGCUUUCCCGGGCUUGUGUCACUCUGGCCUCUUUAAAGAACACAGAGGUUGUAUCUUUGUUGGCAAAAGUUGUAGAACAUCUUGUAACGGGGGAGACCAUGCAAAUGACUACAACAUCUGAUCAACGGUGUAGUAUGGAUUAUUAUAUGGAAAAGACUUACUACAAGACUGCAUCAUUGAUAUCAAACAGUUGCAAGGCAAUAGCCAUCCUUGCUGGGCAAACAACUGAAGUUGCAGUGCUUGCUUUUGAGUAUGGAAAAAAUCUGGGUCUGGCAUUUCAAUUGAUAGAUGAUGUGCUUGAUUUCACAGGGACAUCAGCUUCCCUCGGAAAAGGCUCUUUAUCAGACAUUCAACAUGGAAUUGUUACAGCCCCAAUAUUGUUUGCGAUGGAGGAGUUCCCCCAAUUGCGCAGAGUAGUUGAAGAGGGCUUUGAAAACCCCGAGAACGUUAAUAUUGCUCUGGAUUAUCUUGGCAAGAGCCGGGGAAUACAGAAGACGAAGGAGCUAGCCGUGAAGCAUGCUACCCUUGCAGCAGAAGCAAUUGAUUCCUUACCUGAGAGUGACGAUGAAGAUGUAAGAAAAUCAAGGAAAGCCCUCGUAGAACUUACUCAAAUAGUCAUUACAAGAACAAAAUGA